UUUCCGACAGUAUAUACUCGAGAUUCCCAUUGACAAGUAUUACCCACAAAUCUCCAUCCCUCGUAUACUAAACAAUUUCGAUUCAACCCCAAUAAGCCUAAAACCUACAAAUUCACUUCCUUCUGCCUCAAGUCUUUAACCCCAUCAAAGUUCUUCCCUUUUACUUACACAAUCAAACCAUAUCCCACAAAAAAACCGAAGGAAAAGGGAGAAAAUAAAGCAUGGGCAUGAUGGAGAACUCUGCAAUUUUCAUGGCACCAUUACUCCUUCGCAACACAGUGACUUCUUUACUUGUUUAUGCCGAUAAAUCCAUCUUAGUUUUAGCAGAAAAAUACAAGGUACUCGAAAUCUUUCGUUAUCUCGUCAUUGCUUCCUUUCCCUUCUUCCUACGCUUGUUCCCUUCUUUUUCACAAUCUUUAAAAGCGGACGAUGAUUCCACCCAAAGCAGCGGCUACUUCGUUGGCUAUGGUGGUGUUGGUGACUCGGGGAUCGGUCGGGCACUUUCGCAGCUGCUGUGGAGCGUUAAUGACAUUCCUGUUAGCUCUAGCAAGUAUGGGAUCGUUCGAUCUUUAGCGGAACAGCUUAUAGAAGAGAACAAUAAGGAAGAUAUUGAAGCUUUGCGUGAAAUGAAUCGGACGGUUUUAUCGGCGGCUUUUUCGAGGACACUUUGCCUGGUUGAAGCUGCAAUGCUUGAAUUGGGGCAAGGCUGGGUUGGUCAUUAUGGUGCUGGGUUUGGACCGGUUUGUUAUCAGUUGAAUCGGCUUUUACGUGCGGUUGGGGUAGGGAGUGGGAGAGUGGGUGUGAGCCGUUCGGGGAAUUCGAUGGAGAAGCUGGCGGCUGAGUUGCUUUGGUUGGCGGAGGAAUUGGCUGGUUGUGGAUUUGAGGAAGAGGCUGUUGAGAGAUGGGCAUCGGCUUCAAAUCUCGCCGGGCUUUCUUUGUCGGCUGAACCGCGUCUUCAAGGUUCCCUGGUAAACGUUUCGGCUUUCUUAUUCAAACAAAUGAAGGAUAUGGAUUCGGAAGCGACCGAAGAAGGGUCGAGGCAAACGAAGAUGAAGAUGCUAACUUCAUGGCUGCCAUUGUUGUGCAGAGGUAGUAACGGCACGGACAUGCCGGUACUGAGCCUAAGCGAAAGAGCCGAGCUCGAGAAGAUAUUGGAAGACACCAUCGCCAUGCUACAACACGAAGAGCAGGAGCAAGUGCUUUCGCUUUGGCUUCACCAUUUCACGUAUUGCCCAUCUUCCGACUGGCCUAACCUCCAUGCUUCGUAUGCUCGAUGGUGCACCACUUCUCGUAAGCUCUUUCUUCCUCCAUUCAAGAUGUAAGCCUGAAUCAUCUUUGAAUUAUAUAAUAAAUAUUUGAAGCUCAAUGAUUAGGAUAUUUAUAUGGGUAUUAUUUUAUGAACCUGCCUAAAUUGUAUGAAUCUUUUUUCUUUUUAUAUAAGUUUGUUCUUGAUCCAAGUAUAGUCAGAAAAA